GGAAAAUACAUUCAGUCGACCGAUUGAUGAUCAACGAUGGCAUAUUCCAAGCGGCGCAGAAGAGAGCCCUAGAAAUGGCACAAAAAGGGUUCCGAUUCUUUCGGCAUAAGGAUUGGGAGUUCGGAGAGAAUAUCCACUGGACGUCAUCCGAGCACUUGAAUGGCUUGCCGUCAAUCAAUUGUAACGACUCGAUCGGUAAGUGGUAUCGAGAAAUCAAUAACUAUGACUGGGAUUAUCGGCAAUCAAGUAAUGGCACGAUUCGCCACUUCGUGCAACUGGUGUGGGGGUCGACCAAAACGGUGGCCUGUGCUCAGGUGCAGAAUCUGAAUGGACCCAAAGGUGGUGUCUAUACGGUAUGUCUAUACAAACCAAAAGCCGAUUUCCUGGACAAUGAGCUCCAGUGGGAGAAUGUGUUUCCCGAUUACAACGCCUAUAAGGAGAAGACCACUGAGAGCUCAGUGACAGAGAAGGCUGACGACUACGAACACGUCGACGAGUUGGACGACGAGACAGAGCUGGAGAAGGAGUUCAAGGAUGUGGACGACAUCAUCGACACGCGUAAUGCCAAACAACGACUAACACCGGCGCCAAGUCUUGAGGACAUGUUUAUCAAGACUACCACCACUCAGACCGUUGGGUUCGCGAGGAAUGCGUACAUCCAUAAGAAGAAUGGCUAAUUUACCACACCUUAUAAGUUAUAACUUACUCAGCAUUUAUCCAAACUUAUGCACUACAAUAUUCUUAUAUCUAUAAUUAGGAUUAGGGUUACAUUUAUAAUCGAUUUAUUUGAACUUUAUACCGUU